CACUCGGCGGUGAAUUUUAAAAUCUCAGUACAAUCACGUGCGACGUGAACGUAAGUUAACGAAGGAUUUUCCACUUAAAUGUCGAAUUAAGAGGUAGUUUUUCGGUGACAACGCGGAACAACGCUAAUUACGUAACGGCAAGGUUUUAUGGCGUCAACAUGUCUGACGAGGAUCAAUCUCAUCUUUCUUCAUCAUACAUCUUACUGGACUGGACAACAUGCAGUGCUUCAGAUUCAUCUGUAGUAUGUAUAGACACAAGCUUUGACCAGAAGUCCAAAUCUCCCACCAAGUGUUUAAUUGAACAAAGGUCUCCAACAUCUUGCAUCAUCAUUCCUGAUUCAGAGGAGUCAGAGGAUGAUAUCAUUCAGAUUGUCAGUACUAGUAUUCAUGAGCAGAAGAAGGAGGGAUCAACUAGUGUUGUGACCACAGCAUCAAAUCAGGAUGACUGUAAAUCAGACUGUGAUGCUGAGCUUAAAGAACUGAGCCUAGAAGGAGAGGUGACGCUACCCUGUACACCCUCAGAACGCAACAGUAAGCGGAGGAGAAUAGGUAGUUAUCAACCUGAUGACUGUCCAUGUCCAUGUGAUGAGCAACUCACCAGCACUCCUCUGGCAGGUUCUGCCAUAGCACCUAAGAAGCCUAGUGAGCCCACAGUGACACCUAUCACUGUAAGGUAUGAAAGGAUAAGGGCUGAGCUCAGUGCAACUAAGAAAGAAACGAAGAAACUCAUUACAGGACAAGAGGAGCUGCAGGAGGAGAUGCAAAGGUUCCGGGAAGAGAUGACAAACAAGAGGAAGAGAGAGGAAGAGGAAGAAAAGAAAGCAGCAUCUGUCCCUGUUAAUGUGAAGACAGACCAGUGUGAUAGCAUGCUAAGACCUGUAGUCAUCGAUGGCAGCAAUGUAGCAAUGAGCCAUGGUAACCAGAAGAUCUUCUCCUGCAAGGGUAUCGCGCUCUGCAUCCAAUUCUUCCAGCAGAGAGGUCACACCAACAUCUCCGCCCUGGUUCCCCUGCACCGGAAGACGGCCGAUGCGGCCCGGUCCUGCCCCAUCAGGGAUGCCCACAUCCUGGAUGAACUGGAGUCCAAAGGUCUCCUCUCAUACACCCCAUCCAGGACCCUGAAUGGACGAAGGCUCACACCCUAUGAUGACAGGAUGAUGCUCCAGUUAGCGUGCAGGAAUGGUGGAGUGAUUGUGAGUAACGAUAACUACCGGGAUCUCAUGGGAGAGUCUGCACAAUUCAAGUGUGUCAUCGAAAACAGGUUGAUCAUGUUUACAUUUGUUGGAGAUAACUUCAUGGUACCUGAAGACCCCCAUGGCCGCUAUGGACCAUUGCUGAGUGAAGUUCUCAGAAGGGCAGAGAAAGCCCCCCUGCGAUCAAUGGUCAACAGCGCCCUCUACAACAGAAGGGCACCACUCGAGCAGUUGAAACACCAAUGGCAGCAUAGAUUCUAUUAAAAGGAUUGGAGUUGCCUCUAUCUUGCCAUUCUGUAACGGCUCUGUUGUCAAAUCAGAGUUGUGACUUUUUACAGAAUACCCAUACAUGCGUAGAAGAGUCUAGUUGCUCAAUGGCAGCACAAACUCUGAUGACAUGGACAUUGGUGUUAUACAGGGGGUUCCAGAAGAAGUGCCAAAGAAAUGUACAAACAAAAGGUUAAUUUGAAGAAACUAUGAGCUGUGUAAAAUCAAAUCUUGCUUUUCCUAUAGUACAAGUGAUACUAAUGUUUUCAUUGUUACACCAAAGUCUGGCA